CGAAAGCUCGCUUCACGUCAUUGUGAAGCGGCAAGGAGAGACCGAUAGCGCUUCCUGAAAGUCCGAACAAAACAUGCGUUAUUGCCUGACUCCUUAAUAUUUGAGCAAACAAAGUGUUUGAAAUUAAUCGGAAAUUACCUGUUCAUCAGAAUAACAAAAACAUGGAGCAUUCGGUGCCCAAAAAUAAGCUGAAGAAACUCAGUGAAGACAGUCUCACCAAGCAGCCUGAGGAAGUGUUUGAUGUCCUUGAAAAGCUUGGAGAAGGAUCAUAUGGCAGUGUUUUUAAAGCCAUUCACAAGGAAUCAGGCCAGGUUGUGGCCAUUAAACAGGUUCCUGUCGAAUCAGACCUGCAGGAGAUCAUCAAAGAGAUCUCCAUAAUGCAGCAAUGUGAUAGUCCUUAUGUGGUGAAGUACUAUGGCAGCUAUUUCAAGAACACAGAUUUGUGGAUCGUGAUGGAGUACUGUGGCGCUGGAUCUGUGUCUGAUAUCAUCAGACUGCGCAACAAAACACUCACCGAGGAGGAGAUCGCCACAGUCCUCAAAUCCACCUUGAAAGGUCUGGAGUAUCUCCAUUUCAUGAGGAAAAUCCACAGGGACAUCAAAGCAGGGAAUAUUCUCCUCAACACAGAGGGCCAUGCUAAACUAGCUGAUUUCGGAGUGGCUGGACAACUUACUGACACAAUGGCGAAGAGGAACACAGUUAUAGGAACACCCUUCUGGAUGGCCCCUGAAGUAAUCCAGGAGAUCGGCUACAACUGUGUUGCAGAUAUCUGGUCUCUCGGCAUCUCAUCCAUAGAAAUGGCCGAAGGAAAGCCUCCUUAUGCAGACAUUCAUCCAAUGAGAGCUAUUUUUAUGAUCCCCACAAACCCUCCACCCACUUUCCGCAAGCCAGAGCUGUGGAGUGACGAAUUCACAGAUUUUGUGAAGAAAUGUCUGGUGAAGAACCCAGAGCAGAGAGCGACAGCCACUCAAUUGCUGCAGCAUCCAUUUAUAACCAGUGCUAAGCCGGUGAGCAUCCUGCGGGACCUGAUCACAGAUGCCAUGGAGAUGAAGAUCAAGAAACAACAGGAGCAGCAGAGAGAGCUGGAGGAGGAGGAUGAGAACUCGGAUGAUGAAGUGGAAGUGGAUUCCCACACCAUGGUGAAGUCUGGUUCAGAGAGCGCUGGCACCAUGAGAGCCAGCGGCACUAUGAGCGACGGCGCUCAGACCAUGAUCGAGCACGGCGGCACCAUGCUGGAGUCUGACCUGGGGACCAUGGUGAUCAACAGCGACGAUGAAGAUGAGGAAGAUUUCGGCUCGAUGAAGAGGAACCCUACAUCUCAGGAAAUACAGCGUCCAUCCUUCAUGGACUACUUUGACAAACAAGCCUCAAAUAAAGCACAAGAGGGUUUCAAUCACAACCAACAGGACCCGUGUUUAAUUUCCAAGACCGCUUUCCCUGAUAAUUGGAAAGUUCCGCAAGAUGGAGAUUUUGAUUUUCUGAAAAACCUUGAUUUUGAGGAGCUCCAGAUGCGGCUUGCUGCUCUGGACCCCAUGAUGGAGCGAGAGAUUGAAGAACUGCGGCAGCGCUACACGGCCAAGAGGCAACCCAUCCUUGACGCCAUGGAUGCGAAGAAACGCCGGCAGCAGAACUUCUAACCGAUUUCACAGAUGCUGGAGCUUUAAAGCUGGCUGGCCAGAUCUUAUGUCCCCUCCUGUGUUCAGUCUUUGUACUGACGCAUCUUAUUCUAGACUCCUACUGUUUGUACAUUUUGAAGAAGGUCCCAGUGGAUGUAUAAAACAUAAAAUUACUAUUUUCUUUUAUUAAUUCAAAUUCACAAUAUUAGGAAAAACAAAUUCAGCAAACUCUAUAUUUGUGGUUUAUACAUUAUUAAUACUUAAAUGAAUCCAAGGCGAAAAUUAAUGUAAAAAUUUGAAGUUUUGUGGCUGAAUUCAUAAGAAAUGCUGGUUGGACUGCUGCAAAGUCAUUGUUAGGUGUGAAUGGAUUACUAAACCAAAGACAAUCAAAAGCAGAGGAUGCCUUAGAGCGCUUGAUAACCCUCUUUUUGAAGUUUGCAUCACCAAGCUUUAUGUUAGUAUUCUGCUAAUAUGGGACCAUGUUACAGUAGAGAUACCACGGUACCAUCUUUAGUGGUAUUAAUUUAGAGAGAAACGGGACCAUUCCCGCAGCUAUGCUUCCAAUCCCAUUAAAAUUCCUUGUCAGCACAAAGUAGGUUUUGAAACAUCUGUUCACAGCUUUGUAAAUAUGCAUGGCUUUUUUAUGCUGAAUGUCACUUUCUCGGUUUCUGAAUGUUUGUGUGACGUCUUCCCUAUGUUCUCUUCACUGCCACUGGCUUCUUGAUAACUUGUGGCAAAUAUGUGUGUGAGGAAGUGAGAACUACUUUUCCUGUGCCCCAUUUGAAAGUUCUCACUUUAUCUCAGGGGUUGCUCGGCUUUGAACUGUCUCUCUCUCUCUCUCUUCUGGUCUUUUUCAAAAGACUGAGUCAUUUCAAUGCAGUGAUUUUGUGUUUCUCAUUAUGGUAAUGGUACCAUCAUUACUAGGCCUAUUGAGUCUUGCAAUACCUAGCAGAAGCAAUACAGCAACUCAAGGACGUAGUAAUGUAACAAUGCCAGUAAUGUGAAUGACCUAAACCAGUUGCUGAAUCUUGGAUGAGUUGUUUUAAAUAGACAUUAAAAUGACUCUCGCGAAGUUUAUGCCCUGAUUGUGGACUGAUGAAGUCUAUAAAUCUGAGUUGGUUUGAAGUAUAGUCUUCUAAUAAUUUUUCUUUUUAAAAAAGCUUAUUCAUAAAAUAGUUAGGGAUGUUACCAAUGCCUUACAUUUCCUGCAGUUGUGAGUUAUAUCAGUUUAUUUCAUACUCUGACAUUUAUAUAGGCACAUUUUUACUGAACACUCUAAUUUAUUGUGUAUUAUUCAUAAUGUAUGUUAUUUUUUUGCGCUCUGCCUAGAGAUUUUGAAUAAAGGUCUGUUACUUGUCUCCAUAAA